AUGGAAGCCCGGACUCCUGGGGCAUCGCAGGACCCUGUGCCGCCAACUUGGUUCCAUGACCCAGGCUUGCGAAAAGCACGCACUGGCGCUAGGUCGGAAUCCUUCUUUGACCGCGACAAUGCCGACCAACUGCAAGACUCCGGUUUGGACGUGGAGGCCGGAUCACGGCCCGAGCAGGCGGUCGUGGUGGAUCUCAGGACUCUUCGUGGCAGCCUGGGCAGCGAAACAAGCUUCUGUCCACCUUCGGUGAGGACGAGCGCCCAGGCGACCCCCCUCAUCAGCGCGUGCAGCUCUGUUGAGAUCUCUGUGGACCUUCCUCUGAGCAGCGCUCCGGCAAGGCAGACGAUGAUCCCCUGUGAGCCCAGCGCCUUUGGGGAGGGCGAGAUCGACCUGCGGGAGCUACACCGCCAGACCAGGCUGCCGGAGGCCAGUGAUGUCACAAAAGCUUCAGGUGAGCAAUUCUUCGCGCAGGGCCCCUGCUUCUCCAGCCAUGUUUGGAGAUACUACAAGGAUUCUGGAGCCUGGUCCGACGGCAUGUGUGCGGCCUUGCAACACCCUUUGCAUUGCACCAACUGUUGCUGUCCACCCUGCGCUAUGGUCAGAUUGUGGCGGACCCUUCAGCGUUCCUUACCUCUUGACGUUCGCUGUUGUGGGAAGCUUCUCUUCCGGGUUGAGACACCGCGUGGAGCUGGCCUUGCAACAUUGGCCGUGCUGCUGCUGAUCCUUUGUGUUGGUUUGGGUGUGGCCUUGUGGGCCGCCAUUCUGUUCGCCGUUGGCAACAAAUACCAAAUUGCGCACCUGAGGAAGUAUCCUUGCCUUGCCUUCAGCAAGACUUGCUGCUGUAUAUGCGCGAUGAACGUUCGAGUCGGCUUGCACGUGGAUCGGGCGCAAGGUUUCUUCAAGCCCAGCCGCGCAGUGUCAGCCAUGAUUGAGCUGCAACAGCAGCUUCCCAAUCUCGGGCGACCCGAGAGAGGCAAGUAG